AUGGGGUCGAAUGACCUAGGAAAGGGUGUAACUCUCAGUCAGCUCUCUCAUUAUGGUGCACUCUACUUGGUCGAAUUUAAGGCUGGUCGUAGUGACCUUUUUUAUGUCGCAGAUGGUAGCAAUAUGACGUUCAAGUGUGGUGAUCUAGUCAUGGUUGAAGCAGAUCGUGGAAAGGACUUAGGGAAGAUCACGAACGAUUCAAUCACACCAUCACAAAUACAAGCUUUGCAAAAGGAGCAAACAGAGGCUGCAGCCAUGGGUGCUCAACAAGAGGGGCAACGUACUUCAAAAGAACUUCAUCCAAAACGUAUCUUUCGCCCAGCUCUUCCUUCCGAAAUUGCACAGCUUGCAAACAAGAAUCAAGAUGAAAUCAAGGCCAUGUUGGUGUGCCAAAAUAGAGUUCGCCAGAAGAAGUUACCGAUGGAAGUUGUUGACGCUGAGUAUCAAUGGGAUCGCCGCAAGUUGACUUUCUACUUCCGUGCAGAGCAUCGUAUCGAUUUUCGAGAGUUGGUUCGCGACUUGUUUAAAAUCUAUAAGACGCGUAUUUGGAUGUAUGCUGUGAGCCCUUCGAAGGCUACAUUAAACAACCGGGAUGUUGGUAUGCAAAUGAGUACUCCUCAUACCCAGACCUCGCCCCUAGUCUCAUCCUCACCUCCACAAUCUCUCCAAUCGAUUCAACGUCAAAAUCAUUCAAUAUCUCUGACGUCAACACAUCCACAUGGUCAUAAUCCACAUCAGCAGCAAUAUCCGCAUCAUCAUCCUGCUCAGUAUCACCAACUUCAAGCUCAGGAUCAGAUGCUUCAGAUGCAAUCCCACUAUUUUUCAGCGCCUCCUCAACAGAUGUUUUAUCAUGGUUUCCAAAAUGAUCGCCCAUUAUUAGAUGAUGGAUCAUCGCAUCUCCCCUUAUAUGACCCAACCUAUCCACUACAGUCCCCUCAUCCUUUGAUGUGA